AUGGGAAUUUUGUAUGAUGAUUUAGUGAUAAUUAGGCAGUCAGAGAAAGAAGGAGAACCCAGUAUGAUUACUGUGAAUUGUCCAGACAAGACUGGUUUGGGCUGUGAUCUUUGCCGCAUAUUUCUCUUCUUUGGACUCACGACUGCCUAUAUUUAUGGCUGCUACUGGUUCUUGCUAACUUUUCUUCUCAUUUUUUUUGCGAUUCCUGUCUAUGAAGAUGUAUCUACUGAUGGAAAAUGGUGCUAUUUAGUAUUUUGGGUUUUUGGCAAACCGAGUACAAGAUGGGGUUUAUUGAAGAAGAGAUUGUUGGGGGCAUGCCCUUCUUGUUUCUUGGCUUCUGGGAUUCCUUAUUACGAGGCCGAAUUGCAGCCUCCGAGGCCUCCGGAUGUGUUCCUUCUGAAGUUCUGUUACCAUGAUAGGAGAGGCCUUUUGCAUGAUGUGACGAAAGUCCUAUGCGAGCUCGAGCUUACUAUAAAGAGAGUUAAGGUAUCAACUACUCCGGAUGAAAAAACCAUGGAUCUCUUCUUCAUCACUGACACGAGGGAACUUUUACACACGAAGAAGAGACAGGAGGACACACAUGACCAUUUAAAAUUUGUUCUAGGGGACGCUAUGAUCUCUUGUGAUAUAGAAAUGGAUCACAAAGGCCUCCUAUAUGAUAUAAUGCGUACUUUGAAGGAUUAUAAUAUCCAGAUUUCAUAUGGGAGAUUGACAACGAAAGAGAAAACAGAAUGUGAGCUGGACUUAUUUAUCAUGCAAGCGGAUGGUAAGAAAAUAGUUGACUCAAGCAAACAGAAUGCAUUGUGCUCUCGUCUUCGAAUGGAACUAAGCCGUCCUCUUAGAGUAGCAGCUGAAAUUGGGAGGUACAUGAUUGGAGAUAGGGAGUGGGAAGUAUACAGAGUUUUAAUCGAUGAAGGUGAUGGUUUGUCCGUCUCAAGGGAAGAGAUUGAGCAGGCCGUUUGGAAGAUGCUGAUGGGUUGGGAGUGA